AUGGCAUCACCUUUGUUCUUGUCGCGGGGAGCCCUGCCCCGCUUGGCUUAUCACACUGGCAUCAUCUUCCUCUUGGGGUUCAGGGACACCAGAGCUAACCCCAAGUGCCUGGCCCUAGAGCAGUUCUGCCAGGAGUCGGGACGGGCUUUCCUAAGCUUUGACUACACGGGCUGCGGCAGCUCAGAUGGGUGUUUUGAGGACUGCUUAAUCGGCCACUGGAAAAACGAUGUCCUAACAGUGCUGGAUGAACUCACCAGCGGGCCACAGAUCCUUGUUGGGGCCAGCAUGGGAGGCUGGCUCAUGCUCUUAGCAGCCCUGGAGCGGCCAGGGAGGGUGGCUGGGCUGGUGGCCACAGGAAUCGGGGCUGAUGCCUUCAUAACCCUGUACAGAGAGCUCCCUCCAGAGGUGAAGGUAGAAGUGGAGCAGACGGGAGUCUUUAACUACGAGAUGGCCGGGGCUGGGGCUGUGCUAAUUAAGCGGGAGUUCUUUACGGAGAUGGAGGAGCACAGUCUGCUGGGGCACCCGUCCAUCCCCAUCACCUGCCCUGUCCGGCUGCUCCAUGGCAUGCAGGACCAGUUCAUACCAUGGGGCAGGGCCGUGCAAGUGGCUGAGCAGCUGGAGAGCCAGAAUGUCCGCAUCAUGCUGUUCAAGGAUGGGCAGCACGGACUGAAGGGAGCGGAGGAGCUGAGGGUACUCGUGGGGACAGUCGGGGACCUUGCUGAGAGCCUGCAGAGAGAGCCAGGGCUCAGAGAGGGAACAGAGCCUGCUGAUGGGGCAGCGGUGACCAGACAAGGAGCCCCUUGUGGGCCCAGAGGCAAGGCCAGGGAGCAGGGCCACACUGAACCUAGCCCUGUCUAAUUAGUUAAUGAAGAGAUUGUGUAGUGCUGGGCCCCCACUGUCCAUGGCACCCCAAAGGCCCAAGCCAACCCCAUUAGCAUCAGGAGGUACUCAGAUCCUUGGCUUGCUAAUGAGCUCCCUGCAGGGGCUGAGGUGACUGGGCCCGGCUUGUAGAGCCAUGUGAGUCUGCUACUGUCCAGUGAAUCUGGAAAGCAGCUCCUUGAAGGAUCCAUGGCUACAGGGAUCGAAGGUGGGUCUCUGGGCUUAGAACAGAAAAAUUGCUCAACACCCUGCCCUCCCCCCUUUACAAAAACAUCUGAGAACCCCAAAAGGGCUCAGGUUUUUGAGAAAAACAUUGAACUUUCCUGAAGAAAUGGUCAGUGGUGCUGCAUUGUUUGGACCCAAAGCAUCCCUGGCUCGGUUUGUCAGCUGGCAGCUGUGAUGGCCCCAGUUCACUCCCUGGGGUAGAGCCGCACUGGGGUCACAGCAGGGUUUGCACAGCUGUCACUGGCCCCAUUCAGGAAAUAAAUCAUUUCCCCUCAUUGUUUCUCUGCUCUCGCCCUCCUGGCCUGGGAGCAAACAGGCUCAGGGAAGGAGGUUGGACAUUCAGUCGUCCCCCCUGGAGGUCCCAGCGCUAUUCCACGGCCCACUGCCUCUCAGGGGGGCUGCCAUGCAGGGUGUUGCCAGAAGCACUCUCACUGAGGGGGCCAGGCUAGGAGAGGCCUGGCAGGUGCCCAUGCUUUGGGCUCCCUCAAGGCUAGAUGAAAGGGAAUAAAACGGGCCCUCUGGAUCAGGAUUGGCUUUGCUCUGAGUCUGCUGGGCCAGGCUGGCUUCAUACCCGCGGGUUGGGCGUUUCCACAUGCAGUGGUUGUAGCGCUGUUGCUAUGGCAGUUGGGAGCGAUAUUUUUACCGGUACAAUGUCUCCCAUGGUGCUGUACUCCCCCACAGAAACUGCUAUGCCAGUCGGCAGCAGCCAUCCCCUGCGAGAACUGGGCUCACACCCGGGGCUGGAACUAGACUGGGGCGGUUAAAAUCUCCAACUUUGGUGUAGCCAGGCCCAUGGGCGUGGACUGCAGCCAGUCGCUGCUCGAUGUCCCGGGGCGGGGACAGACUGUGGGGUUAGCGCGUGCACCCGCUGCUGCAGCCAGGGGAACGCUUGGCUUUGUCUCCUGGGGACUGAUAAAAGGGGCUUCCCUUCCCCUGAACUAUGGUCCCCUCCCCGCCACCCCCCCCCCCCACCGCCUGUUCCUUUCAUCAGGGCAGGGAGAAAGGGCUCCUGCAAACCCGAGCAACGGGCAGAACUCUCCCUACUCCCCCUUCACUCAAAUACCCUGUAGCCACUCCUAGCUGAAGGCUCGCUGUCACGAGGCUGGGCUGGACCAGAGUCGCUCUGGACCUUGCUGUCUCAUGUCCCUGUCAGGGUGAGGUUUCAGCACGGGGUAAAUGUGUGCUGAUUGCUCCAUGGAAGUUGGGUCCGUUGCAGAUUGAAGGGGAAGGGCUCAGCAGCAGGUCUGACAGUGCUAGACCUGCAGCUGAGCCCCUAAUGGGGAUACAUGGGGCCCUGCCUUCCUGGAGUGAGGAGGCAGGAGACUGAGGGGUAAAGUGCAGAUCAACUUUUUUA